AGAGACAGAUUGUGUAAUAGUCCCAUGCACUGUAGGGAAACCCUGCAGAAGACAAAACCGACUCAGAUCAGGGGACCCUUUACAACUACAGGCCGACAUCUUUGUUCUUCCUCCUGCUCCCGCUCCGGCAGCAUUAGCUCCCAUCAUCGUCCAUCCCGGAUACCCCCAUUGGCUGCGGGCAAUCGAGAACCUCAUCGAGGGACCAAUAGGAGACGGGGUUGUUAAAAAGCCCAUGGAAACGACAUGCCAGUCUUCCACACCAAGCGGCCUAGUCGGACCUGAAGCUUCGGGGACGGUUUAGUUCGACAACCCGAAUGUGUUGGUGUCCUUAACGCACAAGGGCCAAUUCCUUGUUGGCAAGAUGAUUCCAAUAUGGCAAAAUAAACCUUAUGGAUCUUCCCGCAGUGUUGUUCGAAUGAUUGGAUCAAACCUCCCUUUGAAGCCAUGUCCCAGAGUUUGUUUUCAGCUUGUUCCUGGGCUCACUGCAGCUGAGUCUUUAAGUUCUGUCCAUGGAGAUAAACCAGCAGUGCCGACUCUGGCAGACAUUGCAUGGAUAGCUGCAGAUGAAGGGGAAGCUUUUACCAGGAUGAGAGCUGAUGCCAGACCCUACAGGGACGAAUGGCAUCCUACUCCACUGCUCAUAAUGCAUAGAAAUUCAUCAGUCCCCAACUUCCGAAGGGAAGGGAGGAAGUACGAAAGUCUGAAGAAGCCGGGUCUGACUGCUCUGAAUCACACCGUUGCACUUCAAGAUGAACUUAGCCGCUUGCGAGAACAGAUUGCUAAAAUAGUUGCUGUGCCAGAGAGUAAAAUGGAAGCUGCAUCUGCUCCUUUUACGCCAGAACUUGGGUCUCCUGACACAUCAAGCGUUGCCUGCUCUUUACCAGAUUUUGAAUCUGCAUAUCCUCCUUUAGCAUCAUUUACCCUAAAUGAUGAUAUUCCAGAAACUGAUCCAGCUGAAUCUAUGAGCAUUGCAUCAUUUUCCAUGGCUGCCUCAUCAAACUUUGACCUUGAUUUUGAAAAUAAAAGGCAGGAUAUAACUAUAAACGAAGAUGAUGAAACCUCCUGUCUAUCAAAGUCCACAAGCUUUGCAGAUAUGAUGGAUAUUCUGAAAGAUAUGAAUAGGGUCAAAUUAAACUCCUUACAAGGGUCCAGAAGAGGCUCUCAGCUUUUGAGAGAGAAUGACCCUUCAGUACUCAUAUCAGAAGCAUUGAAGCGCAAGUUUACUGUACCAGACAGCAGCAUUUUUAUGAAGGAAGACUGAUCUACGCAAGUUCUCCAAACAUCAAGUAGUACCCCCAACGCAAGUUUAAAACAAGGACUGUUGAUGGAAAACUGCAGUUAUUUGGAAGGGACUGCUGUACUCCUGGGCAGUUCAAUAUGCCCUGUGGACCCUGCUACUAAUAUAUAAAGAACUUGGAGCAAAAAUGCUGUGUUGAUCAGGACAUCUCCUGUUCACUUUGCACUGCAAUAUUACAGGUUGUGGAAACAAGGUUAUAAAUGGAGCAAGCUUGUAUUUGUGCCUUGACUGUAGGAAAACUUAAUACAGAGGAAUGCCUUCCUUACCUCAUUUUGUUUUCAGGGGGUGGGUGGUGGGCUAAAGAUGGUAGGGAUGGGAGUGGUUAAAUGGAUAAAUUGGGGAUUUAUGUUCGAUUUAACGAAUAAUUUUCCCUAGUCUAUUUUGCAUUCUCUCAACCAAUACACUGCACUUCAGAGCACUGGGAUAUCCAGGGAAAAUUCAUUAGUGAGGGGGUUCUGUGGUUUCGUCAAUUUUUUUAAAUGGUGGUUUCUCUGUUUGACAUCCUUGAUUUUGCAUCCAAUUGUGCAAAGCAGCUCUUAUGAACUCUUUCGAUUCUUGAUAUCCUCCUUUUCUCAUUGCCCCACCACUAAAGUUGAAUAAAUUCUGUCAUUCACAAUUUGUGAUUAAGAGCACCAAUGCAAACUUCAGCUGCUGAGUUGUAAAUGUUUUGGGAAAUGUUACAGAUAAAUGUUACUUCUUCAUAUAAGCUGUAGCUGAAAUAAGUUUUCUUGUUCAGUUUUGGUCCUCCACUGCCGCUGCCUUCCACCACUUCUCUCCCACUGUCCCCAACUUUGAAAUCCUUGAAAGCACAAUGCGGAUCCAGUGUGUGUUUAGCAGUUUUCAAGCCCUAUUUAACUGGAUGUUGAUCAUUGUUAAAGGGAUGAUAUUGCUUUCUUCAUGUCACACAGACAGCCAUUAGCCAGUUAGAAUAGAAAUCUGAUAGUUUGUUGCUGAUAAGUCAUAUUUCCAAUUUUGAUCUUAAACUAGAUUUUUUGUAGAUGUACUGAAUUUGUGCUGUUUAUUUUCAGAAUAUUUUUACUCUUGUUGGUUUUGAACUAUAGCUUCUGUUUGUGAAGUUUAACUUUGAUUUGUUGCAAGGUUUGGAUUGUAAAAGAAUACCUGCCUUAGGGUUAAGAUGCAUCUAAAGUUGCAAAAUGUGAUAGAGUAAGUUACAGUUUUAGUAGAGUUUACAGAAAGUCUUAUGUCAAGAAAGUGACAAUGUACUCAACAGCUCUAAUUUGUAUGUUACAGUGAAGGACGAAGUAUUGCAACAGCCAGUUGUAAUACAGUAAGUGCAUGAUGCAUUUGUGAAAUUAUUUAAAACAUAUGCUACAUUUGACAGUGGCUCAGUAAGGCUGUGAACAUGAUAUAAUGCAAUUACUCUGAACUAGAAAAUGGUGUGUAAGGGUAGACAAAUAAGCCUUUAUAUAUUACACACUUUUUAUGGCUUGAGUCACAAGAAUUUAGUUGGUCUAAAACCAAAUAAAGCUCUUAAUUUUUGGCUAAAUAAUAGUACAUAUUUUAUCUCAUGCAAUCUGCUGGAAAUAUUUAGAUCUGAAUGAUCAGAAAACAUUCCUUUGUAAAACUGCUUCAUUAGUGAGGACUUGGAUCACUAUUGGGAAGUUACUGAAGGAAGUGGCAGGGAAUCCACUUCCAUCCCUAAUAGGGAUGGUAAAACUAUUGGUAUGCUAUUACAUGUUCCUACUGUAGUCAAACCUCCCACUACCCAAGUGUACAUUGAAGAGGAAAAGUUGUCAUUGAAUGAUGGUAUUUGGAGAAAACGUGAGAUAAAUAAGGAAGAGAACCAACCUGGCUUGUAUUUUGCAAAGUCAGAAUUAACACUGUAUUUAAGAAUUUCCUGUUUAAUUGUGCUGCCAGGUUACCUAGGCUUUCAGACCUUUGGUGGGUGUGGGUUUCCAUCCCGCACUCCAAAUCCAUACCCUAGUUCGAGAGCCCUGAGUAACAAAGGUGGCACCCAUGUGGAUGGCUUUUUGAAAUUUGAGACUAGGUACUUGCAGCAAACAAAGAAACUUGUGGCUUAUUUGCCAUAUUUAUUCAGUUGAUUUCCACUAUGCUUUUUCAAAGAAAUCUGAUAACUUUGUAUAUUUCCAAGUGUUUAUCCACUUUUGCUAUUAAAAUGAUUAUCUGUAAACAAAUAUUCAGAAUUAAAACCCAGGUUUGGUCAGAAUUGCUGAAAGCAUUUAUAUGCUUGUCACCUGCCAGUUCAGGAAGUGGAAGUAAAGAUUUGAUAUGAGAGAUGAUGAUUGGUGCAAUGAAUCAGAUCGUUGUCCUUUCAAUUCUUAUACCUGAAUUCAAAAAGUCAGAUGAAAGUCACAGUGCUCUGUUGGCUGCUUUUUUUUAAAAAAACAAAAUGAUGUCCAACAUGAAAUUAGACCAAAAUGAAACAAUGUCCAACAUGAAAUCAGUCACAUUAGACCUAUCAGGGACGAAUUGUCAGUGGAAUACUGCUCAAUGCUCUAAUUAGACACAUUGACAAGGGAAUUGAAUGGUCACAAUAGGAUUAGUCUUGUGGUAUACUUUUAAUAUUCCCUAAUGCUGGAUUUCAUUUAUGGACAAAGGCAGAAAAUAAAUUGCUUUCCUGCAACAUGCUGUCCUCCCUAUCCUUGCUGAGCCCAGAAGGUUAAUAGAUAAUGCUGGAUGGAAUGCUUUCCUCUUGUGCUACUUUUUUUUAGACAUUACACAAUUGCAUCGAAUUCACUGCCAAUGUGCUCAACUUGCACCCCCACUCACACUUCAGCAAAACUAAUGUUUCUGAUUUUGAGAAUAAGUUGCUCAUCAUGGUGCCAUAAACUUUAUCGAUGUGCUUGCAGCUUUGUUACACAAACCAACUGGAAUAACUUCUAGCACUUUUGUUUUCUCUCCACCUUCCACUACCAACCCUCACUCCCCACAUAAAUUUUAUUGUAAUCACAGAACCUUUUUUUUUUGUUAGUAACUGCAUUUUCAAUUUCAUCGGGAUCUUUAAAUGUUUUUGCCAGGGAGCAAAGAAAUCUUCAGACUGAUUCUUCACAGCACAUGCUUCAAAUGGUAAACAAACAAAGCUUUGGUUCUAGGAAUGUUACUUUUUUGGGCCCAAGUACUUCAGUCGUGCACAAUGAAGGUGCUCAUAUAACUGCAAGCUCAUCCUGCACGUCUAUGGUGCCACUUUAGACCUGAUGGGUGAGAGUUGACAUAUUUAUUCAAAACUAUUUUAGUAUUUAAAUGAUAAACUGCAUUAUUGAAUGUUUAUCUGGAUUUAAGUGCUCAUUUCACACAACGUUAAAAGCAAUAAAAGGCAUCAGCAUGAUUGGUUAACUAUUUAUUACAUUUAAGACAGAUCUAUUGAAAUAGUUUUCAACCCAUGUAUAAGAAGAUUUUUUAAGCAUUGAUAUUUCUGAAAAUGCCAAUAAAAGAAAUUCAAAUAUUUUG